UUUCUUACUUUUGGUGCUGAGGGAGUUCUGACGAGGGUGGCUUCACUUGCAGAGCAGGAAGUCAGUCUUCUCUGGGGAUUCAAAGGAGAGCUAACAAGUCUACGAGACUCAUUAUCCAAGUUGGAAGCUAUGCUAAGAGAUGCACAACGUUUACAAGUUCGGGGUGAGAGGGUGGAGAUGUGGGUGAAGGAUCUCGAAGACAUAGCUCAUGAAGCUGAUGAUGUGUUGGAUGAAUAUGAAUAUGAACUUCUCCGGCGGAAAGUGGAGAUCCAAAACCAGAUCAAGAAAAAGGUGCUCAACUUCUUUUCAAGCCACAAUCCCAUCGCAUUUCGUCUCAAAAUGGCACAUAAAAUUAAAAACAUCAAUGCAUCUUUGGCAAACCUGAAGAAUGAGGCAGCUAGUAUUGGACUGGUUGAUAGGUCAACAUUGGUCAAUGCAACAUCUCAUGAUAUUGGAGGACUUGACAGGGAAACCGUCUCAAACUUUGAUCAAGAUGAAAAGUACAUUGUUGGAAGGAAGGAGGUUACGUCGGACAUAGUUACAACCCUGAUCAACUCUGGCAAGAACCAAGAGAAUUGUCUUUCUGUUAUGGCCAUUGUGGGGAUGGGAGGCUUGGGCAAGACAACUUUGGCUAAAUCCGUAUAUAAUGAUCCAGAGAUAGGUAGACACUUCGAUCAAAAAAUAUGGGUAUGUGUAUCUACUCCUUUUGAAGUCAAGACGAUCUUAAGCGGGAUCUUGGAAUAUCUUAAACCAGAAAAAGCUGGAAUAAAGCGUAAAGCAGCAAUAUGUGAAAACCUGCAAGAAUAUUUGAAAGGGAAGACAUAUCUUCUUGUGCUUGACGAUGUUUGGAACGAAGAUCUAAACAAAUGGGACGAUUUGAUGAGCUGCUUGUUGAAUGCUACAAGCACUAAAGCAAGCAGAAUCCUUGUCACUACCCGCAAUGUGAGUGUUUCAUCAAUUGUACAAACACUUCAUACAUGUGUUUUGGGAAAACUAUCGGAGGAUCAAUGCUGGCGCAUAUUGAAGUAUAAAGCGUUUCCAGAUGCGAGUGCUGUUCUGACUGAAGAUCAAGAAAGAAUUGGAAGGGAGAUUGCCAAAAAGUGUGCAGGUGUACCAUUAGUGGCAAAGGUUUUGGGAAAUAUGAUGCGUUCCAAAGAUACUAAUGGAUGGCGGUCAAUUCUAGAAAGUAGAAUAUGGGAUUUACCGGAAGGAGAAGAUAGAAUCUUGUUGGUUUUGAAGUUGAGUUUUGAUGAAUUGAAACCACCAUCUUUGAAACAAUGUUUUGCAUAUUGCUCAAUGUUUGUCAAAGAUUUCCCAAUUUAUAAGGAUGACUUGAUCAACCUUUGGAUGGCUCAAGGAUUGCUUUACCCUUCUCCUCCCAACAGACAUAAUCUAGAGAUGGAGGAUAUAGGAAAUGAAUAUUUUAAUAUUCUAUUGAACAACUCCUUCUUUCAAGAUGUUAUAAAGGAUAAUGAUGGUAUUAUUAGAGUGUGCAAGAUGCAUGACCUUGUGCAUGAUCUCGCAGAACAUGUGUCAAAACGGAAGAGCAAUGACUCCAAUGAGACUCGACAUAUGACACAUAUUCCUACCUCAGUGCUACAGGGAGUUCCAGAAAGAAGUGCUCAUAAAUUGCGCUCACUUUUCUUGAAUAUUGAAGGCCUUGGUGAUAUCUUACCAAACUUUAGAGGUUUGCGUGUCUUAAAUUUAUAUAAAGCUGAUAUUGAGGAGUUGCCAAUUUCAAUUGGAAAGUUGACACACUUGCGGUAUCUGGAUGUUCCUAUACAAAAAUCAAAGCACUCCCCAAAUCCAUUGGAAAGCUUUAUAAUCUACAAACAUUAAGAAUGUAUUGUCUGCAGCUUAAAGAGUGUCCAAAGGAACUGCAAAAUUUGAUAAACUUGAGACACAUUUAUUGUUUUCG